CCACCACCCACCCGCUCGUAACCUAACCUUGCUCCUCUCCCAGGACCCCGCCAUCCCUCUUCCAAAUUCUUCGCCAAACCUGCCUGCGUCAAUUACCGCCCUCCUUUUUGAAUUUGUCUCCCUCUUGUGUUAUUACAUCUUGUGAUUUUGGGGUACUGAAAACAUGGCUCCCGUCAAAGAAUUUGGACUUCUCUGCCUGGAGAACCCUCUGCUUGAUAUCCAGGCUGUCGGCGACCAGGCUCUCCUGGACAAGUACGGCCUCAAGGACAACGAUGCCAUUCUCGCCGAGGAGAAGCACAUCCCACUGUACGAGGAUUUGCUCAACAACUACGACGCCAAGCUCAUUGCCGGCGGCGCUGCGCAGAACACGGCUCGUGGCGCCCAGUACAUCCUGCCCCCCAACAGCGUCGUCUAUCUGGGCGGUGCCGGCGACGACAAGUACUCGGCCAUCCUGCACGAUGCCGUCAAGGCGGCUGGCCUGCGCGUCGAGUACCGCGUCGACCCCAAGGAGAAGACGGGCCGCUGCGGCGUCGUCAUCACAGGCCACAACCGCAGUCUGUGCACCGACCUCGGUGCUGCCAACCACUACGAUGUCGACCACCUGAAGAAGCCCGAGAUCUGGCAGCUCGUUGAGAACGCCGAGAUCUACUAUGUCGGCGGCUUCCACUUCACCGUCUGCCCUGCCGCCAUCAUGGAGCUUGCCAAGCAGGCUGCCCAGCGAAACAAGCCCUUCGUUCUGUCGCUGUCUGCACCCUUCAUCCCUCAAUUCUUCAAGGACCCCGUCGACGCCAGCGCCCCUUACUGGGACUACAUCAUCGGCAACGAGACUGAGGCCGCAGCCUACGCCGAGUCCCACGACCUGCCUUCCAAGGAGCCCAAGGACGUCGCUGUCCACCUCGCCAACCUGCCCAAGGAGAACAAGCAGCGCAAGCGAGUUGCCAUUGUCACGCAGGGCACCGAGCCCACUCUCGUCGCCAUCCAGGGUGAGGACGGCGUCAGAGAGUUCCCUGUCCACGCCAUCGAGAAGGAGAAGAUCAACGACACCAACGGUGCCGGUGAUGCGUUCGCCGGCGGUUUCUUGGCCGGCCUCCUCGAGGGCAAGCCCCUUGAGACCUGCAUUGACAUGGGCCAGUGGCUCGCCAGGCUCAGCAUUCAGGAGCUCGGACCUUCCUAUCCCUUCCCCAAGCAGGUCUACCAGGCCUCUUCGUAAAGCACCGCCCCCGGGCAAAGGCGCUUGGCAUGUUAGAAACGACUGUGCGGUUCGGCGUUGAGGGCUAAAUGGGGAAAACAGUUUCAACAACGGCGUUUGCAUCUGUGAUGCUGGAGCCCAGGGACGUUGCGGUCCUCUUCGCAUAGCGACUCGGUAUCCUCCACGAUCCGACUUAUUUGAACUUCAAAGAUAUGAAUAUAGACAAAUGUCCGGCGCUCUGGCCGCGUCUGGCCAGGCUCAUCCGAUGACGCUGCGCUCAGUCAACUGCUAUUGACAUGUGUUGCGUACCCAGCAUGUGCUGCGUAUCCCGCCGCGCAAUAGCCACGUGAACUCUUUGAUGGCAAUGCAAACAAGAGC